GUAUUGUAAUUAUUUAACGAUGUCAGGCGUGCGGUACUAGCUCAUUUUCGUAAUGUCACGCGAACCAUCUCUCUUGAAGAGUCUGGAUGCCCAAGAGAGUAUAUCUAUGCUUGGAAUUAAUCAAGAAAGAAGUGAUGGCGGAAUGAAUCCCACGGAGCCGAUAACUAAUGAAGCGUUAAGCUCGAAAAUGAAAGACGUUAUUGAUGUCUUAGCUAUGCAGCGAGAGAAAAGGAAUACAUUGCAAAAAAGUAUUACAAUUGAUUACACAAAAGCUAAUGACAAUUUCACUGUAUCGAGGUUUAUAUUCGAAUGUGGACUAAAAUUAGAUGCUCAUCCAUUGACGAUCGCUACAGCAGCAACUUUAUAUCAUAGGUUUUUCAAAGAAGCGGAACUGCAAGGAUAUGACUGCUAUCUAAUAGGUUCAACAUGUCUUUACCUUGCUGGGAAAGUGAAAGACGAUCCUUUAAAAAUUAGAGACGUGAUGAAUGUUUCCCACAAUACUUUGCACAGAGGAUCACAGCCCUUAGAAUUAGGUGAUCAGUACUGGAGCAUGCGUGAUGCAAUUGUUCAAGCAGAAUUACUGAUUAUGCGUAUGCUCAAGUUCCAAGUAAUGCCUGAUCAUCCCCACAAGUACAUGCUUCAUUAUCUAAGAUCGCUGCAAGCUUGGUUCGGAGAGGAGGAAUGGUCAAAAUAUCCUGUAUCAAAGACCAGUAUGGCACUUCUGCAAGACUUCCAUCAUUCUCCAGCUAUCCUCGAUUACCCAUCAAAUUUAAUAGCAAUAGCUUGCAUUAAUUUAUCAUUACAAAUUUAUGGUGUAGUUGUACCUUUAAUGGAUGAGUGUGAUCAACAACCAUGGUUCAAUGUAUUUUGCAAAGACUUGACAAGAAACAAGCUCUGGGAAAUUAUGGAGAAAAUCAUGGCCGCAUAUGACGAUGAGCCGGAAACGCGAGACAAUUAAAAUUUCACAAGUCACAAUGCCAUUUGUUUAAAGAAACAAUAUAAAAGAAAAAUUCGUACAGUGUACAGUGAAAGAGUUUGAUCUAUCAUAUUUGUAAGACUGUACCAAACCACCUUGUGAUACAAGCUUUGGAAAUUUUCAAAACAAAAAUUAAAAUAAAUAAUAUUUCAAUCCCUUA